AAGCAGAAAGUAGCUGUGCCUCCCAAGCCGUGUUCCCAAGUUCAUUAGCUGUGAGUGCUCUGCAAACCAUGUGGGAAGAGGAGCGCCAUCCUAAUUGUAUUUGGGAAUGAUGAGCUGACAAGGAGAUCUCAGGAUUUCAGAAAAGUUCCUCACCUUGCCUCUUACAUAACGUACAGCAGGGUCCUGGAUCUACCUGUUCCACUCACUGCCCCACUGCUGGCUGGCCGAGGAGCUAAAGAAGACCGCUCCGUGACAGUGUGACUCCUCUUAGGCGUGGGCAUUUCCUCAAGACCCCUUCUGAAGCAGCUGGGAGCUCAGAAUGUGUUGCCACCUCUGAGCAGCGGGCCAGCCAGGAAAGCAGGAAGGGAUGGUUUGGAGCCCAGCCAGGGCCUGAGGAGUGAGCAUAAUCUGCAGACCGCUAGCCCUGGAGCCCCCGAGAAAGGCAAGCUCCACCACUGGGGAGACUUGAGAAGAAUCGAUGCUUUGGCCCCCAGCAACAUGUACACGGUGUAAUGACAGUGCUUUUGAAAACUUCGUUACAUUCCCAGUAACCCUCAUCAAUGCCUGUUACUAUGUCAUGGAUGGGAAGUGGUGGUCAAUGAAGUUCAACGAACAGUUUCCAACUUUUUAUUUCAAUAGUAGGAAGAAUAACUCCGGCUUCAAGUUGGAAAUGACCAGGCCCCAAGACGAAGUCUCGAUGAGAGGAAAGGAAUGAAAUUACUGGGGCAGAUGGUCACCAACCAGACAUAGGAAAUGAGCAGGUUUGCAGGGAAACUGCUGGCCUGAAAUUUAAGAGGAAGGCAUCACUGCUGGGCUCUGGCUGAGAACAUGGCCAAUGGCAUCGACGAGCUCAUCGGCAUCCCCUUCCCCAACCACAGCAGCGAGGUCCUGUGCAGCCUGAACGAGCAGCGGCAUGACGGCCUGCUCUGCGACGUGCUGCUGGUGGUGCAGGAGCAGGAGUACCGCACGCACCGCUCCGUGCUGGCGGCCUGCAGCAAGUACUUCAAGAAGCUCUUCACGGCCGGCGCCCUGGCCAGCCAGCCGUACGUCUACGAGAUCGACUUCGUGCAGCCCGAGGCCCUGGCCGCCAUCCUGGACUUCGCCUACACCUCCACGCUCACCAUCACCGCCUCCAAUGUCAAGCACAUCCUCAACGCCGCCAGGAUGCUGGAGAUCCAGUGCAUCGUGAACGUGUGUCUGGAGAUCAUGGAGCCCGGUGGCGACGGCGGGGAGGAGGACGACAAGGAGGAUGACGACGACGAGGACGAGGACGAGGAUGAGGAGGACGAGGAGGAGGAGGAAGAGGAGGAGGAAGAUGAGGAGGACGAGGAGGACGACACUGAGGACUUUGCUGAUCAAGAAAACCUGACUGACCCCCAGGACAUCAACUGCCACCAAAGCCCUUCCAAGACAGACCAUCUCACAGAGAAGGCCUACUCGGACACACCCAGGGACUUCCCCGAUUCCUUCCAGGCCGGCAGCCCCAGCCACCUGGGCGUGAUCCGGGACUUCUCCAUUGAGUCUCUACUGAGGGAGAACCUGUACCCCAAGGCCAACAUCGCUGACAGGAGACCCUCCCUGUCUCCGUUCGCCCCCGACUUCUUCCCACAUCUCUGGCCAGGGGACUUCGGUGCCUUCACCCAGCUGCCCGAGCAGCCCAUGGACAGUGGCCCACUGGACCUGGUCAUCAAGAACCGGAAGAUCAAGGAGGAGGAGAAGGAGGAGCUGCCCCCCCCACCACCACCCCCCUUCCCCAGCGACUUCUUCAAGGACAUGUUCCCCGACCUCCCUGGGGGGCCGCUGGGCCCCAUCAAGGCCGAGAGUGACUACGGUGCCUAUCUCAACUUCCUGAGUGCCACCCACCUAGGGGGCCUCUUCCCGCCCUGGCCCCUGGUGGAGGAGCGCAAGCUGAAGCCCAAGGCAUCCCAGCAGUGCCCCAUCUGCCACAAAGUCAUCAUGGGGGCCGGGAAGCUGCCGAGACACAUGAGGACCCACACCGGGGAGAAGCCAUACAUGUGCAACAUCUGUGAGGUCCGCUUCACCAGGCAGGACAAGCUGAAGAUCCACAUGCGGAAGCACACGGGGGAGCGGCCCUACCUGUGCAUCCACUGCAACGCCAAGUUCGUGCACAACUACGACCUCAAGAACCACAUGCGCAUCCACACGGGCGUGCGGCCCUACCAGUGCGAGUUCUGCUACAAGAGCUUCACGCGCUCCGACCACCUGCACCGCCACAUCAAGCGCCAGAGCUGCCGCAUGGCCCGGCCCCGCCGCGGCCGCAAGCCCGCCGCCUGGAGGGCCGCCAGCCUGCUCUUCGGGCCCCCGGGCCCCACGCCCGAGAAGGCGGCCUUCGUGGUGCCCCCGGCGCUGGGCGAGGUGGGCGGCCUGGGCGGGGCGGCCGUGUGUCUCCCGGGCCCCAGCCCCGCCAAGCACUUCCUGGCGGCGCCCAAGGGCGCGCUGAGCCUGCAGGAGCUCGAGCGCCAGUUCGAGGAGACGCAGAUGAAGCUGUUCGGGCGCGCGCAGCUGGAGGCCGAGAGGAACGCGGGCGGCCUGCUGGCCUUCGCCCUGGCCGAGGACGUGGCGGCCGCGCGGCCCUACUUCCCGCUGCCCGACCCGUGGGCCGCGGGCCUGGCCGGCCUCCCCGGGCUCGCCGGCCUCAGCCACGUGGCCUCCAUGUCGGAGGCCGACAACUAGCGGCCCGGGCGCCGGCGGCCUGGCCCCUGGCCCGUCAGGCCCCCACCCGCACCCGCCGCGGGCCCUGAACUUCCUCUUUGGAAUCACACAGGAAGCGUGGGAAGUAUGAUUCGCAGGCCUCCCGCAGCCUCCCGCUCCCCUCCCUGCCGGCCGGGCGGCGUCUGGCAGGGACACCUCCUCCCCGAGGGCCUCCCCGGGCUGGCUCUCUGCUGUCACGCAGAAACUCGCAGGGGAGGGCCGGUGCCACCAGGAGGCCACAGCCCAGGUGCCCCGGAGCUCUGUGGAGCUGCAGGGGGAGGGGGCUAGAGGGAGGAAGGGGCCCUGGGAGCAGGGGCGAGGCGUGCGCCCUCGCAGCCCGGUGCGGUGGCGGUGGCACAGUCCCUACUGAUCCUGGUCACUUUUCCAGUCUCCAGCCAUCCCAGGGUCCUCAUGGGAAAUGCCCUGUUGGCGGAGAGGCCUCCUCCUGGAGUCCCACCCGCCUGUCUCUCCGCCCCCCGUCCCGUGACCUCAGACAGGCCGGGUCCCCCACCCCACUAGGAAGGGAGGCUGCUAAUUCUGUCCCCCCUCAAACCCACCCACACGCGUAUACACCUCAACACGCCAGUCGCUCCACGAAGAGUUCCUGAGAAGGUAGGAGCUUUGAGCUCCCGGAGGCCUGGGGAAGGCGUCUGUCUCGCUGCAUGUGGGUUUGUCACAUCCACCUCUCUGCUAGCACAGGGGAGCGACGUCGUCACCAGAGGAGACGGGAGUGACACAGAAGAGCCCAGGGGUGGCUCUCCCAGAUGGCUUUGGGGCAGUCCGGAUCCCCCCACCUCUGCAGGCAGGCGGGCCCCUGGGGAUGGCACCCCCCCAGGGCUGUACAGCUGGGGCUCCCGGGGCUCCUGGGGCCAGCACAGAAGGGAAUGGGCACCACCUCGGAACACCUGCUGACCCACCCCCUCCACCCUGAUUCCUGGAAACAGACAAAACACCUGGUUCUUCAGGGUUUAUGUUUGUUGUGGGUCCCUCAGGGCUUUGGGAUUGCUGGGAUUGCCUCCUUUGCUGUGUUUGAGCACCCUCAACCCCUCCCUCAUCCCUCAGGGAGGGAGCUGGGCCGCUUGGUUUCCCUGGGGGGGGGGGGGAGCGGAGCCCUGGCUGGGGUGGGUGUGAGGGCGCCUUGAGCUAGGGCCACCCCACUCGCCCUGGUGCCUGAGCCUGUGGCUGGCUCUGAGGACCAUGGAGACUUCCCUGGCCCAGCGCCUUCCUGUUCUCUCCACUUCCCUGCGCCUCCCUCCCUUCCCUUGCUGAGGUGGCCUUCCCGUCUCAGCAGCCCAGUGUCCCCAACCAGGCCCAGGCUCCCCAGUCCAGGAGCUGUGGGCACAAGAGACUUGGGCUCUUCCUAUCGCCUUGGCUUCUCUCUGAGCGCACACACACACACACACACACACACACAAACAAAAAGGCCAGAGAAGACCACAGACUCUGUCCCCCUCCCAGCUCCCCAGGGGAGAACCCUGGCUCCGCUGCCCGCCAGAUGCCAUUGCAUCCAGAGGGAAUUGCUUCUGACCCUCUUGUCUUCAGACGCCACCUUUCUGGGCAGCCGCCUCUUAGAUGCCCGCCUCCGUCUCUGACACCUGCUCCUGGGACCCAUCCGCCAACAUGACCACGUUCCCCCCAUCGGCCAAGGGAUUGGGGCUGACCCACACUUUUAAGAGAAAAUGAGGAAAAAUGAACACAUUGGAAUCCAGUGGUGUUGGGGCUUUUGUUUUUAUUUUGUAAAGGUAAUGACUUCUUAUAAACUCAGUUUUUCAGAUGACUGGUUAGUUCUUUUUGCUUUCACUUGGCUGGUUGUACAUUGUAAAGUAUCCAAAGAUCGUGAGUACUGUAUGAUGGAGAAGAACUCUACACAAAUGGGUUGUGGGGGGUGGGGUGGCUGUGUUUGGUUUUGGUUCUUUUCCUUUGUUUCUCUUUUUUUUCCAUUUUUUCUCUUUUUUUCCUUCCUUCCCCCCACCCCCAGCCUUUUUUUUUUCCCUUUGGCGUUUCAAUUUCCCUGUCGUCUGUCUGUGGGAAAACUUUGGAAUUUUUCCUAUUUAUAACUUUUUUUUUUUUUAAUGUGGUUGCUUUCUGUACAAUGACACAACAGAGUUUGCCUUAGUGAUUCAAAGGACAAUCCUCCAUAACUUUGGUCGCACGCGGCACCCCGCCGAGAAAAACUCUCAGCUAAUUUUCUGGCCUAUUUAUUAAACAGUAUUAAUUGACUCGAUGAAA